AUGUCAAACCCACCAAUGAAUCCUGGCAAUGCGAACCCUUUGAGUAACAUAGGGACGCCUUCCUUUUCGCUUUCGCAGGUUCCACAACAUAUCCUACAAUCCUUGACGCCAGCGCAGUUGCAGAUGAUUCAGCAGAAACAUCAACAGUUGUUAUUGCAGAGACAAAGACAAGCACAGCAGAUGCAGCAAGAACAGGUUUCUUCUCCCGGUAAUAUGAACCAAUUGGAUGCUGCUCAGCGUGCGCAGCUAAUGAAGCUCAAACAACAACAAAUGCAGAGAUCUCAGACGCAGCAGCAACAGGAGCAACGAGCUCAGCAGGUGCAACAAGCCCAGCAAUUGCAACAACAGCAGGUUCAACAGCAACAGCAGCAGUCUCCUCCCCAAUCUCAACAACGAACUUCUUUGAAUCUUCCUCCACAAAUUGCACAACUAUCACCGGCAUUGCAAAUGCAAUGGCUUCAGUCCAUCAAACAACAGGCUAUUGCGAGAAAUAACCAGAACGCUCUUCUGAUGAUCACUCAGCUUGAAGUCAAAUUACAGCAACAACAUAGACAGCAACAGCAACAGCAACAACAGCCUGUACCACCACAACAACCUGUUCAGCAGCAACAACAUCAAUCCCCGCCACGCAACAUUAUUCCUCCUAACCAACCGCAGCUUCAACAGCCUCAACCUCAGAAACCUCGUAUACCACUUCAGCAACAAAUGGGGAAUCCACAACAAAUGAUUGGAGGUCAACCUAUAACUCAGAAUAUACCAGUUAUGAACAGUAAUCAAUCGAUGGUUCCUUCGUCACAACAGCCACAAUCACAACCACCACAACCACCACAACGACAACCACCACAACGACAACAACAACAACAAGUCCCAGUUUCAGUACCACAGCCACCUCAACCAUCACAAGCUGCAAUACUACAGCAAGUGCUUCAGAAGUUUCAGAAACAACUUCCUGAUAUUCCCAAAUUCCAAACUAUUCUUCAAGACCCACCUGAGACUCCAUUACCUCAUACUAGGUUAUGGUCAGAGAAAGAAAGAGCUGAUAACGAGCCUGUGAGUUUUGAUACAAGAUUAUAUGAACAUGUUAUUGAACGGGAUUUGUUGGAUAAGGACAACUUGUUGGCGGACACUAAUGGAUUGGAACCUAUUUCCAAAUUCGGAUUCAGUCAGAGGGAGGUAAUAUUGAGAUUACAGCAAGAUCUUGAUUAUUACAAAGAAUUGAGGAACAGUCGAAUGCAAUCCAUUACCAACACAACUCAAGGACAUAAAUCUAAGAGUAUAUGGGGUGACGGUUAUUCUGGAUAUGGAAAUGGCUUCAGUAACGAUCUCACAAGGAUUCAAGUCGAUGACACUUAUGAAAUGCACUUGGACGAAAUAUAUGAAUGGACAAUGAAUCAAACAGGGGAGGAACUAGUACCUGUUAGAUUAGAGUUUGAUGCAGAAAAGGAUAAAUUUACUUUGAGGGACACAUUCGUAUGGAACAGAUCAGACACGCUACUGUCAAUCAACGAAUUUGUGAAAACAACGCUGAAGGAUUAUAGGCUCAAAGUCACCACGGAGAUGUAUCAACAGAUUGUGAAUAGUAUCAAAGAACAACUUCAAGAAUAUACUCCAAAUCCUUUUGAAAAUGUGCAGAGGUUCGGGGGCGAUGAUUUCAGAAUAAAAAUCAACCUAGAUAUUGUCGUUGGACAACAUCAAUUGAUAGAUACCGUUGAAUGGGAUGUGUCAAAUCCAGAUAAUUGUCCAGAAUCGUUCGCGGAGUGUUUAUGCGAAGAACUAUCCCUUCCGGGUGAAUUCUUAACAGCAAUUGCACAUUGCAUUAGAGAACAAGUUCACAUGUAUCACAAGUCAUUAUAUAUGGUUGGUUACAAAUUUGACGGUAGCCCCGUUGAAGAAGACGAUAUCAGAACAAGAUUCUUGCCUGUACUCACCUUAGCAGACGUAAUGAGACCACAAAAGGAUACGUUUUUAUACACACCUAACUUAUUACAGAUAUCUCCCGCAGAACUAGAACGUUUGGUUAAGGAUAAGGACAGAGACACUAGAAGGAAACGUAGACAAGUUCGUUUCAAUAGAAGAGGCAAUACAGAAAAUCACCCAUCGUCCGGAAGUACACCGCAACUACCCCAUGAUGCAGAACUUCCUGAUCUUGGGGAUAUCCCAAAAACGUGCCGUCAACUACUUCCAACAACAACUUUGCCUGGAGGUAUUGAUGUUGGUCCAAGUACGUUAUCGUUCCAGCCAUCAACUAGAGUCGAAUAUUUAGACAGAGCUAAAGCAACUCCAAAACAAGAAUUCCAACAGGAAGUAAGAAACUCAUCAGCAUGCAGAGUUAUUAUGCACGACGUUGGGAAAUCUUUACUCGUCACUAUAAAGCUACCAAAGGCGAAGACAACCAUUCAAUGA